AUGGCAGAACGGAAGGGCGCCAGAUAUCACCCAGGAGCAGCUUCUGAGCCUGCUCUCUUUGGGCGGUCCCGAGGAGGCUUGCUUGGCCAGCUCUAUCCACAGGAGAAUCCGGACAGCCCCCUCGGGCUGCUUCCAGCCAGCUGUGACCACCAAGAUGCCUGGGUCCGCGAUAACGUCUACAGCAUCCUGGCCGUGUGGGGGCUGGGGCUGGCCUACCGGAAGAACGCUGACCGUGACGAGGACAAGGCCAAAGCGUACGAGCUGGAGCAGAGCGUGGUGAAGCUGAUGAGGGGCCUCCUGCAGUGCAUGAUGAGGCAGGUGGACAAAGUGGAGGACUUCAAGUACAGCCAGAGCCCCAAGGACUGCUUGCAUGCCAAGUACAACACCUGCACCUGUGCCACCGUGGUGGGAGACGACCAGUGGGGCCACCUGCAGCUGGAUGCCACCUCCCUCUACCUGCUUAUGCUGGCCCAGAUGACGGCCUCAGGGCUUCACAUCAUCCACAGCCUGGAUGAAGUCAGCUUCAUCCAAAACCUUGUCUUCUACAUUGAAGCCGCGUACAAGACUGCAGACUUUGGGAUAUGGGAACGUGGCGACAAGACAAACCAAGGGAUUACGGAGCUGAAUGCCAGCUCGGUGGGCAUGGCAAAGGCAGCUCUGGAGGCCUUGGAUGAACUUGACCUCUUUGGCGCCAAAGGGAGCCCCCAGUCAGUGAUCCAUGUCUUGCCGGAUGAGGUGCAGCACUGCCAGUCUAUUCUCCGCUCGAUGCUGCCGCGGGCCUCCACCUCCAAGGAGAUCGAUGCCAGCCUCCUCUCGGUCAUUUCCUACCCGGCGUUUGCUGUGGAGGACACGGAAGUGGUGGAGAAGACCAAGGAGGAGAUCAUCGUCAAGCUGCAGGGCCGUUAUGGUUGCUGCCGGUUUCUCCGGGACGGCUACAGAACCCCCAAAGAAGACCCCAGCCGCCUUUACUACGAGCCUGCGGAGCUGAAGCUCUUUGAGAACAUCGAGUGCGAGUGGCCGCUCUUCUGGACCUACCUGAUCAUCGACGGCCUCUUCAGUGGCAACAUGGAGCAGGUGGAGCCGGGAAGCCACGGCCACGGAGCGCCUGGGCUGGAGCAGUGGAGCCAGCAAGGAGCUCUGGAGCCGCACUAGCCUGGGUCCCGAUGAAGGAGCAGAAUGCAAACCGUCCUGGGAAAUUCUUACGGGGUGGGGCGGAGAGGGCACAUCUCUU